UCCGGCUGCUGCGGGGCCACCGCCGCCUGGCAAGAUGAGCAACGUGUCCUUCCACAUCUCCAAUCUCCUGGAGAAGAUGACGUCCACGGACAAGGAUUUUAGGUUCAUGGCCACCAAUGACCUGAUGUUGGAGCUGCAGAAGGAUUCCAUUAAGCUGGAUGAAGACAGUGAGAAGAAGGUGGUGAAGAUGUUGCUAAAGCUUCUAGAAGAUAAGAAUGGAGAGGUGCAGAAUUUAGCGGUCAAAUGCCUGGGCCCUCUGGUGGGCAAAGUGAAGGAGUACCAGGUGGAGACCAUUGUGGACACCCUCUGCACCAACAUGCUGUCUGACAAGGAGCAGCUCCGGGAUAUUUCUGGCAUGGGCCUGAAAACCGUCAUCUCUGAACUCCCACCUGUAUCCACAGGCUCUGCCAUGGCAGCCAACGUGUGUAAAAAGAUCACGUCCCAGCUCACUGGAGCCAUUGGGAAGCAAGAGGAUGUGUCUGUGCAGUUGGAGGCUCUGGAUAUCUUAUCAGACAUGCUAAGUAGGUUGGGCGGGGCCCUCUAUUCCUUCCACUCCUCCAUCCUGCACUGCCUGGUCCCACAGCUCACCAGCCCCCGCCUGGCAGUACGCAAGCGGGCCAUUGUUGCCCUGGGCCACCUGGUCAUGACCUGCAGCGCCAACCUAUUCUCGGAGCUCAUGGAGCAGCUGUUGGCCGAGCUGGAGGGAGAAGCGUCCACCUCCACCACCCGUACCUACAUCCAGUGUAUUGGAGGCAUCAGCAGGCAGGCGGGCCAUCGUGUUGGAGCCCACCUACCCAGGAUCGUCCCGUUAGUGGUGAAGUUUUGUGCGGUGGAGGAUGAUGAGCUCCAGGAAUAUUGCUUCCAAGCCUUCGAGUCCUUUGUGCGGAGGUGUCCCAAGGAGAUGGGACCCUACAUUCCCAGCGUGACCAACCUCUGCCUGAAGUAUCUGACCCAUGACCCCAACUAUAACUAUGACAGCGAUGAGGAUGAGAUGAUGGAGACAGAAGAUGGAGAAGACGAUGAACAAGAAAGCGACGACGAGUACAGCGACGAUGAUGACAUGAGCUGGAAGGUGCGCAGGGCCGCAGCCAAGUGUGUGGCCGCCAUCAUUAGCACCAGGCACGACUUGCUGGAGGAUUUCUACCAGGUGCUCUCGCCGGUGCUCAUUAGCAGGUUCAAGGAGCGGGAGGAGAAUGUCAAGGCCGACAUCUUUGGGGCCUACAUCUCGCUGCUGAGACAGACGCAUCCCGGGCAAAGCCGGCUCCGGACGUCGGAGGUGGCGGGCAAGGAGAACGUUCCCCUCACCAUGCUGCAGAAUCAGGUGCCCCAUAUUGUCAAGGCUCUCCAGAGACAGCUGCGGGACCGGAAUGUGAAGUCCCGCCAAGGUUGUUUUAGCGUCCUUACAGAACUGGCUGGAGUCUUGCCCGGGAGCCUGGCUGAGCAUAUUCCUGCCUUGGUGCCAGGCAUUAUCUUCUCCCUGACAGACAGGGCCAGCUCUUCUAACAUGCGGAUUGAUACGUUGGCCUUCCUGCAUGUUCUCCUAUGUACCCACCCUCCUGAGGCCUUCCAUACCCACCUGCCAGUCCUGCUGCCACCAGUGGUGGCUAGUGUGUCUGACCCCUUCUACAAGAUAACCUCAGAGGCUCUGCUGGUGACCCAGCAGUUGGUGAAAGUCCUCCGGCCCCUGGACCGGCCCUUGACCUUGGACCCCCAACCCUACGUCAAGGAGAUAUUCACCGCCACCCUCGCGAGACUGAAGGCAGCUGACCUGGACCAGGAGGUGAAGGAGCGAGCCAUCGCCUGUAUGGGUCACAUCAUGGCCCACCUGAGAGACUGGCUGGGGGAUGAGCUGAAGCCCACCCUGCUCAUUUUCCUGGAGCGGCUAAAGAAUGAGAUCACCCGGCUGCCCACGGUCAAGGCACUGAUUCUGGUGGCGGGAUCCCCGCUGCGGGUCGACCUGCAGCCCAUCAUCGAUGAUGCUUUGCCCAUUUUGGCUUCCUUCCUGCGGAAGAAUCAGCGGGCCCUGAAGCUGGCCACCCUGGCGGCCCUCGAGGUCCUGGCACGGAAUUACAGGACGGCGCUCCCGCCAGCCGCGAUGGAGGCGGUGCUGGGGGAGCUUCCCCCACUCAUCGGGGAGAGCGACAUGCACGUGGCCCAGGUGGCCGUGGGCUUCCUGACCAGCCUGGCCCAGGCUCACCCCUCCUCACUGGCCAAGGCCAGCGGCCCCAUCCUCUCCGAAGUCCUGCAGCUGGUGUACUCGCCGCUGUUGCAGGCUGGCGCGCUGACGGCCAUCACGGGCUUCUUCCAGGCGCUCAUGGGCACGCGGGCCCCACGCCUGAGCUACAGCGAGCUAAAGAAGCAGCUCACAAGCCCCAUCUACAACGCGGGUCCGAGCUCGCCUCCCUUCCACAAACAGGCGCACCAUUCGGUGGCCAGGUGCUUGGCGGCCUUGGUGGUUGCCUGUCCCCAGGAGGCAGCAGGCACCGUGGGCCAGUUCAUCCGGGAUGCCCAAUCCCCCCGCUCCAGCGCAGGCAUCAAGGUUCUGGCCUUUCUGGCACUGGCCGAGAUGGGCCACGUGGUGGCCGAGAUGGGGCCCCAGCGCGAGUUGAAGACUGUUCUGCUGGAGGCUUUCUCAUCACCCAGCGAGGAGGUGAGGUCAGCAGCCUCCUACACACUGGGCUGCGUGGGUGCCCGGAACCUCCCCGAAUACCUGCCCUUUCUGCUUGGGGAGAUUGGCACCCAGCCCAAGAGGCAGUACCUGCUGCUGCAUUCGCUGAAAGAGACCAUUGGCGCGGCCCCAGCAGAAGGCCUCAAGCCCUACGUGGAUGACAUCUGGGCCCUGCUCUUCAGGCACUGUGAGUGCGCCGAGGAAGGUACCCGCAACGUGGUGGCCGAGUGCUUGGGGAAGCUGGCCCUGGUGAACCCCUCCCAGCUGCUGCCCCAACUGCAGAAGCAGCUCCUUGCAGGUUCACCACACGCACGUAGCACCGUCGUCACCGCCAUCAAAUUCACCAUUUCAGACCAGCCCCAGCCUGUUGACGUCCUCCUGAAAGACUGCAUUGGAGAUUUCCUAAAGACCCUUCAGGACUCAGACCUAAAUGUCCGAAGGGUGGCUCUGGCCUUAUUCAACUCUGCUGCUCACAACAAGCCCUCCCUCAUCCGAGACUUUCUGGACAACACGCUUCCCCAUUUGUACACGGAGACCAAGGUCCGAAAGGAGCUCAUCCGAGAGGUAGAGAUGGGGCCAUUCAAGCACACUGUGGAUGAUGGGCUGGAUGUCAGGAAAGCUGCCUUUGAAUGCAUGUACACCCUCUUGGAGAGCUGCUUGGACCGACUGGACAUCUAUGAAUAUUUAAACCAUGUGGAGGAUGGCCUCAAGGAUCACUAUGACAUCCGGAUGCUGACUUUCAUCAUGCUGGCCCGGCUGUCCACUCUGUGUCCCAACACCGUCCUGCAGAGGCUGGAUCGCCUGGUGGAACCACUGCGAGCCACCUGUACCUCCAAGGUAAAAGCUGGUUCAGUCAAACAAGAAUUUGAAAAGCAAGAUGAACUCAAGCGCUCAGCUAUGAGAGCUGUGGCUGCCUUAUUGACCAUACCAGAGGUGGAAAAAAGCCCAGUGAUGGCAGAAUUCUCUUCCCAAAUCAGAUCCAACCCUGAAAUGGCAGCUCUCUUUGAAAGCAUUCAGAAGGACUCUGCUUCCUUAUACGCUCCUGAGUCAAUGGAUCUAAGUUAACAGCCUCUGCUUUUCUGGUCAAAUAUAAAACCCUCUAUUAGUGGAAGAUUCCUAAAGAACAAGUUGAGGACCCCCCAAUUCAGAGAUGUCCCCUGCUAAGAUCUGGGGCACGCCUGGUUGUCUUUUGUCUUGGCCUCCAUUAGGGAUCUCGGUGCCCAGAAUGGUGCUAUCCCAGUUCUCUCUCCAGUGAUCCCAAUCUGAUGGCAGAGGCCAGAGCUGAAGGGUCGAGCAGCAUGCCAUGGAAUAACUAAGCUCUUUCAGUUCAAGGACUUGUAUGAGACUAUUAAGCAGGGCCACUGGGGGGAAAUACACUUCUGAAAAGUUUUUGUCUUUAUAUAAAAAUGAGGGUUUUUAGAGUUUCUGUGUUGCACAUUAUCUGAAAUGUCCCCAUGUUCCACUUUUAGAGACUCAGUUGAUCUCUAAGUGGAAGACACUGUGAAAAAAGCAAGAUUAGUAACUUAAGGGAGUUUCCCUGAGGAGAGACAAGACUCCUACAAUGAGCCCCUCCUUUCCCUUUAUUGCUUGAAAUUUUUUAGUUUAAUUACUCAAUUGGGCAAAUAUAGCAUUCUUUAAAAAAUUAAAUAUACCUCUGGUUGUUAGAUCCUUGUCAAUCAUUUACUAUCAAGUAUGAAUUGGUUUUAAAAACCUGUUCACCUAAGAUAACCUAUUCUAGAUUCUGAUAGUACCGAUUACAUGGAUGGCUGAUAAUUGAGUACAAAAGAAUUUUGAUUAGGGAGACAAAAGGCAGGCAAAUUUUGGAAUCUGUCCAUGAAAUCACUCUCUUCCAACCCCAGGUAGGGAAUAAUUCACUUUAAAGGUGAUUUCCUUACUUAAAGGGCUAGUCUCCCAAUCCUAAAUAAAACAAGUAUUAUUUUAUAAGUGAGAUUAGUUAGCAAAUUUAAGGCAAUAGUUAAGGAUUUGGGGUUCUAAGGAGAUAUGGCAGAAAUAGAGGGGGAAGUACAAUCUCUGCACUCAAGAUUCCCACUAUUCGCAUACAGUGGCUAGACUGGGGAUGGAAUCCUGCCUGAUAAUGGUGACAGGAUCCUGGGAAGUGUUUCCCUAUGUGAAUCAUCUUAAAGCACCCUAUGUUGUCACAAUUAGUGCUCCUAGUGCAGUUCUAGACUUCAAUGUUUCUAAGAAGCUGUUUGCUGGAAUGUUAUUUAUCAUCUCAGUACAGGAUCCUAGUUGAUAAGCUUCAGUUUCUGUGACUAGCUUUCCACCUACAGGACUCUAGUCCAAGCCAUACAAGGCUUGUCAGACAGUGAGUCUGGGAUGCCUUUUUGAGGCCCACUCUGCUAGUUUAGUAAUUUGGGGUGUUGGGUUUCUAUUCUGCUCGACAAAGACAAUAAACAAAAGGUAAGACAUCUGCUUCCAUUGUAGUUUCUCUCCAAACUCAUCCAUCAAAAUGUACUAAGUCCCCAAAGUGAAGAAAUGCAUUGCCUAACUUUAUCUUCAUAAAGGGGAUUGGAGAUAAGUAAUUUUGCAACAAAACCUAGGAGGAGAAAGGGGACCUCCUUCAGACUUCAGGCAGUAGAAACUGGAACCAAAUUUUUCUUGAUCAUUUAAAUAAAAAACAAGGGAAAGGAGAAACAUUCUC